GUGAUAAAUUUGACUUUGAAAUUAUUCUAGCAGAGAGGAACAUCAUUAAAAAAAUGUUGACGCUUCUUCCAAGUUCAUCGAGACUCUUCAAUUGAAGCAUUAUUAGGUGCAAUGUCGCAUAUAGAGAGUAUGGCUAUUCUGGGUGUACGUUCGUUCAGCCCAGACGAACCAAGCUAUAUUAGAUUUCAAUCACCUUUAACGUUGAUCGUCGGCCCUAAUGGAUCUGGCAAAACCAGCAUUAUUGAGUGCUUACGAUAUGCUUGUACAGGCGACUUUCCACCUAAUAGUAGAGGCGGUGCAUUUGUCCAUGAUCCCAAACUCGCAGGUUCUGAUGAGGUCAAGGCACAAAUCAAACUCAAGUUUUACAGUGUGAACGGUCAGAAAAUGAUCUGCAGUAGGUCACUAUCUGUGACAAAAAGAGGCAAAACCUAUUCUCAAAAGGCGAUUGAUAAUGCUCUCUUAAGAUAUGACCCGAUUACAGGAGAGGCUUUUAGUAUAACAAGUAGGUGUGCGGAUAUGGACUUGGAGCUCCCUCUUCACCUGGGCGUUACUAAAGCAAUAUUGGACAAUGUGAUUUUCUGUCAUCAAGAAGAUAGUAACUGGCCUUUAUCAGAAUCCAGCAUCCUCAAAAAAAAGUUUGAUGAUAUUUUUGCCUCUAAACGCUACGUUGUUGCUUUGGAAGAGAUCAAAAGUCUUCGAAAAGAGAUAACACAAGAAACCAAAAUUGCUAAUGUACAAUUGGAUUCCCUUAAGGAAAAGGCCGCUAAAGCCAAACGUAUCCGCAACGACUUGACCCAAUUGAAUCAACAAUUGAACGGCAAACAAGAAAAACUACAAGCGAUUGAAAAUGAGAUCGAGCGAGUGAGUGAGGAAACCGUUCGGCUCAAUUCAAUGUUGCGUGAUAUCGCAAACAUAGAAGAACAGAUUCAAACUCUGAUUCAUAAAAAGGAUUUCUUUGAAAGUACAAUGCGUUCGAUCGAGUCACAUAUUGUUCCUAGCGAUAAAUCGACAGAAGCCUUGAAAAAGUUGCUGGAGGAUCAUCAGUUAAAAGAAAAUCAAAAUCAAAUGGCGAAAACUGAUAUGGCAAAGCAAAAGCAAGAAUGUGAAAGAAAGUUAAAGAAAUUGCAAGAUGGUCUCUCGCAGAAGCAUACAGAAAUGGGUCGCUUGGAAGCAGCACAGGAAGAAUAUGAGAGACAGAUAGCAUCUAGAACCGAAUUGAUUCGAAGGAUUAACGAGAAAAAUAACUUGGAGUUAUCAGAAGAAGAUGGAUCUGCGGCGGCGGCUGAAUUAAAGGAAUUCAUGAUCGACUUGAAUAGAAAGAACAGUAAAUUAAAGGAAGAAGCAGUGGCAAGGCAAAAUAAUCUUUCUGACGAUGUGCAAAUGUUGAAAAGUAGAGAACUCUCUAUCGAUGAAAACAGAAAGCAUCUAGAAAGACAAAUUGCUGAUGAUCAAAUCAGAAUUGAAGCUAUUACGCAAAAAAUCGCAACAUAUCGAGUAUCUGAGCCCGAGAUUGAAGCAUUGGAAAAGAGGAUUAUUGAAUAUGAAAAGAAACUUAGCAAUAUGAAUGAUAGCACCGACAAAACAAACCAAGAGCAACUGAAAGUAAAAGAGCGCGAAUUAAAGGCAUUGGAUGAGGAGAUCAUUGAGCUAAACGAUGAACUAGCAAGACUAAGUAAACAAAGCGAUGCUCAAGCUCGGUUAUCUUUGAAGCAUAAGGAUAAAGAAACCAAAGAGACGACCGUUAAUCAAAUAUACAAUGCAAACAUUAACGCAAUUGCACAGUUGUUGGGCCAUAGACCUGACAUUGCUAAUCUUUUUGGAGAACUCGGAGAUUAUAGCAAUAAAAAAGGGAAGGAGCUAGCAACUCAUAUCGAAAUAAGGAAUAAGGCUAAUCGAGAACUGUCGGCCGCUGAUGCUAAAUUAAACAUGGUUAAGCAAAAUUAUCAAAUACAGAAGAAAGAGUUUGACAAGUAUCAUGCUGCUGUGAAGGAAAUCUGUGGAAAUAAGGAUUUACCCCAAGAGCUUCUCAAUAUGGAGAAAAAGUUAACAACAUGGAAUGAAAAACUUCACCAAAUGGAAGGAUGUGAGAUGAUCUACAAACGCUAUGCUGAAACUCAACGGAAGAGUGGAUGCUGUCCACUCUGCACAAGAGAAUUCAAUGAUGAACAAGAAAUCAAUACCUUCCAGCAACAGCUAGAAACAAUGCAAUCUUUUAUACCUGGACAGAAAAGAACAUUACAAGAGCAAUUGCAUCAGCUCCAGAGAAGGAAAGAAAGAUACCAAAGCGCACAAGAUACAUGGGUGAAAAUGAACACUUUAAAAAAGGACCUUGAAACGAUAGAGAAUAAUAUGAAUAAGUUAAAGAAUGAGCGAGAAUCCUGUGCCAACAGAGUUGAUGUUUCUUCGGCUGAUUUUGUUGAGGUUAAUAACUCUAAAAUCAAAGCAGACCAAUUGCUUUUGGUGGCAAGCAACGUCAAUCGUAUAUAUAAUGAAGUUAAAGUGCUUACAGAAGACAUAAAUGACCUCGAAAGUGAAUUACGUGUGUCGGGUCUAAGACGCACUAUCGGUGAUGUUCAGAAAGAACUGGAGCACAAGAGUGACGAGAGCAAAUCAAUUCAUCGUGAAAUCAAACGUAUAAAUCAAGAUAUGACUGCUAACAACAGCCGCAAGCAAGCUAUUGAGCUUUCUUUGAGUGAUUACAGAGCCAAGAAAAUGAACCUUGAAAGUAAAUUGAAUUUCAAAAUUGGAUUGCAAUUACAAAGAGAAGAACUAGAGGAACAGAAGAACAAUCAUGAAAAUGAAAUCAAGAAUGCUGAUCGGGAUAGAAUACCUUUAAAACGUCAACUUGAAGUGGCAACGGAGAAAUAUGAAGCAGCUAUAAAGGAAAUGCGUGAAGUAGAAGAAAAGGCUUCUGCUGAAACGAAUGCCAUAAGUCUUUUUUUGGAUCGCUUAACUGAAGUUAAUAGUAGCUUAUUGAGAACUGCAAGAAUAAACAGUCCUGAAAACGUCAAUCGUUUGAAGAAUGAAAUAGCUGAACUGGAAGAAAAUAUUAAGCAAUUCACUACUGCCAUUAAUACAAUCGAUGAAAAAGUAGCUAUCUUUGAAAAAGAUGAAGCUGAAAGAAAAGGUAUAGAGCGUGACUUACAAGACCAAAUCAAGUACCGUGAAAUGAAAGAAGGGCUUCAGGUCUGCCAGCAAGAAUUGAGCGACUUGAGGCAACGACAGACAGAAAAUACUUCUGGGGAUUUAAAAACUGAUCUCAAUAAAGCACGCGACAAGGAAUCCGAAUUGUUAGACAAGAGGGGAAGUAUCCGCGGCGAAAUUGGCCAAAUACGAGAGCAAAUACGUCGUUACGAAAAUGAACUCUCAAAUGAAUAUGCCGAUGUUGACGGCCAAUAUGGUCGCUUAUUCAUCGAAACGAGAGUCAAAGAGCUUGGUAAUCUUGAUUUGGAAAAGUACAGUAAAGUACUGCAGACUGCCAUUACAAAGUAUCAUGCUUUGAAAAUGGAAGAUCUCAAUAGAAUCAUUAAACAGCUGUGGAUUGAGACUUAUAAGGGAGGAGACAUUGAUUAUAUAGAAGUCCGUGCUGAUAGUGAUGGUACUGGUUCUUCUCGCUCACUUAAUUAUAGAGUUGUAAUGAUAAAAGAAGGUCAAGAACUAGUGAUGAGAGGUAGAUGUAGUGCCGGUCAGAAAGUGUUAGCUGCUAUCAUCAUCCGUCUUGCUUUAGCGGAGACUUUUUGUAUCAAUUGCGGUAUUUUUACUUUGGAUGAGCCCACAACCAAUCUUGACCGCGCGAAUAUUGAGGCUUUGGCAGAAAGCCUCAAAAAAAUAAUCGAAAACAGAAGCAAACAAGCCAACUUCCAAUUCAUUAUUAUUACACAUGAUGAAGAAUUUGUCAAUUGUCUUAAACAGUCAUCCAUUCUAGAUACGUACUAUCGCGUACAUAAAGAUCAUGGCACUAACAGUAUUAUCACUAUUCAGAGUGUAUCCGGCCUACCAUUCGAAGAAGACGGGCAUUUAAGCAACGUUCUUCAACAAGACAAUGAAGAGCAGGACGCAAACGAUCUAUAAGUAACAUAUUUUGGUCAUUAUAUUACCGAAUGUUAGAGUUAUUCUACCACACAAUACCCUCUUCUGUGUCAACCACUUUGCUUUUUUGGCAAUAAAAAUUGCAUGCAGAACAAUCAAUAUUAAUGUGACCUACGUCGAAUAUCUUCCUCUAAAUAAACAUUUCUCGACAUUUUCUUCGCGGUUGUCUAGAUGAUUGUGAUUGUAGACUGUGGUCUUUCUAACUAUAAUACAUUGCAUUGUUACCUACGUAACUAGCCAAUGAAAAACAAUUUAAUUCAGACCUCUAUUCCAAAAAGACUAUAUAAACCCCACAAAUUUGACAGAACAAUAAACAUUAGAUCUCGCU